CCGGCUCGCUGUCUUUGUAUACAGAGUCGCUCUCGGAGCCCCUUUAACAAUGGACGGAGGGAGCCGCUCCGGCGGAUGGCGACGGGCAACGAGCGCAGCUCCCGCGGGAUGCCGAGCCUGAGGCUGCUGCUGCUGCUGCAGAUCUGCGUUCGAGUCGGGGCGAUGCCCGGGGAGAUGCCCGAGGUGGAUCUCUUGCUGGCCCGGGGGCUCUAAAGAGAGAAGUGGAGCUGGGCAAACUCCGGGCUUCGGUGCUGCUGCCGCCGCCGCCGCCGCCGCCCGCUGCUGAUUCCCGGCCGCCUCACCCUGUCCCAUGGAGCUAGAGGGGCAGUGGUGGAAAGGACAGCUCGCUGCCGACAUCCACCAAGCGCUUCGCUACAAGGAGCUGAAGCUUCCAUCCUAUAAAGGCCAGUCUCCCCAGUUAAAUCUGAGAAGAUACUUUGCAGACUUGAUUGCCAUUGUGAGCAAUCGCUUCAGGCUCUGCCCUGCUGCCCGCCAUCUUGCUGUUUAUCUCCUGGACCUCUUUAUGGACCGUUACGACAUAUCCAUUCAGCAGCUGCAUGUGGUGGCUCUUUCCUGUUUGCUUUUAGCGAGUAAAUUUGAAGAGAAGGAAGACAGUGUACCUAAACUUGAACAGCUAAACAGCUUGGGUUGUAUGACUAACAUGAACCUGGUACUAAACAAACAGAACUUGCUGCACAUGGAGCUGCUGUUACUAGAAACCUUUCAGUGGAACCUCUGCCUCCCGACAGCUGCUCACUUCAUUGACUAUUACCUCUCCAUUGCCGUUCACGAGUCUGAUCUUCACGAUGGAUGGCCAAUGGUUUGCUUGGACAAGACAAAGUUGUACAUGGCAAAAUAUGCCGACUACUUUUUGGAAGUAUCCCUGCAAGAUCAUGCAUUUUUAAAUUAUGCCCCUUCGUUAGUGGCUGCUGCAUGUGUGGCUUCUUCAAGGAUUAUCUUGCGUCUUUCUCCAACGUGGCCAGCAAGACUCCAUCGCCUUACUGCGUAUUCCUGGGACUUCCUGGUGCCAUGCAUUGAACGAUUGUUGGUAGCCCAUGAUAAUGAUGUAAAAGAAGCCAACAAGCAAAAAGGACAGCAUGGUUCUCAAGCAGCCCAGCACAGUUUAUUUCAAACAACCACACAGCCUCCACAGCAGCACAUACCCCAGUAUGUUCAAGCACAUCAGACUCCUCAGCAGUAUCAUCCAACAGCGCAGCAGCAAAACUGCCAGCAGAUUCUGCCAUCUGGCCACACGUCGUCUUAUCCACUGCAGACUUGCCCAGCUGGUUUACAAGGUGGUGUCCAGGCUAGAGGUCAUAUACAGAUGGCUGCUGGAAUGUCACUAACUGUCCCCAUAGAAAUGAAGCCAUGUAUAAGUGUUUCCUACAACCGAAGCUAUCAGAUCGCUGGACGUUAUCCUUGCAUUACUCCCUGCUUUGAGAGGUGAUAACUACAGCAGAAUGCUGCAAGGAGGACAGUCCUCUAUUUUUCCUCUUAACAGCAGAAGUAGUUGAAUACUUUUUUAAAAAAAGGUAUCUCAAUUGCAG